GAACUGAAAUUUAGUAUCGGAUUCCCAGAGGUCAGUAGAAAAAAGAAAAAAAAAAAGGGGGAAAUCAAGCAACAUGACUUCUUGCUGCUAAACCAUGUCUGCUCCAUCCGAUAUUGGCGCGGCGUUUCUUAUAGACCAUGGCGCAACAGACUAACACUCCAGCCCCAGCAAGGACUCCAAUUGCUAUUCCUGCCUUCUUUCUGCCUCUGAGCGCACUUGAGAACCCUUUUGGAUUUCAUGGCAGCUUGGAUAUUGGAGGAGGCGGAAAUGAUGUCAAUGGUGGCGACAGAGAUGGUGGUUGAGAAUCAGGUAAGGGUAAACCAGCAACUGGGCUUGAUGCGGGUCCCUGUUGAGACGUAGAUAAUGCAUUGUGAAGAUAAAGUAAAAUGGUAAAGCAGUUCACAGGAAGUUGCCAUGGGAAUCAAGCAAUGUAACUCAAGUUCGGAAGAACAGGGUAAACAGAGAAACCUGAAUCAGACAGAGGAGAAACUUGGCGAGAAUUAAAGUUUGUUAAGCUUG